GCUAUACCUUAAGUCGUUGAGUUCCUCGGGGAACUAUUGCUGCUGGACGGUCUUUGCUUUGAAGAUGACGAGGGGGGCAAGAUACUUGCCAUCCGCGGAGACGCACUUAUCGAUGGACGUCUAGGUGUGCUUAUCUGAGCUCUGGACGAAUAUUAAAGGCUUUCUGGAACAUCCUAGUACUAAAUCUUCCUUCUAGGCCUCCUCUGAAAUCCCUGCCUUGUCCAUGUUCUAUUGGAGGCUUAUAUGGUUCUUCUUAACCUUCGGGAGGGCUAAGAUGUCGAAGAACCCCUUCACAUCGUCGAUUGUAACCUCCCAACGGCGGGUAUUGAUCUUCCGCGCCUUGAAGGUCUUUACCGCAGGAUUGCGGCGUAGAAAGCCUUCCAUCUACUUCCUCCCAAGGGGUCUGGUAUUGCCUCCAACGCGGAGCACUCGUUCGGCGAAUAUUCGUACGCGUUGAUGGCUAGGAGCGAAGCCGAGGUGGCCCUGUGUGAGUGCCCACGACGUUAGAGAUGCCUCCUGCUUAACACUGAAGCGUUGCUAGCUUUCUUUUGCCUUCUGCCUUGACGUGGCGCCACUGAGGCGUCCAUAUAGGGUUCCAUAUGGUACCCCCUCUUGCUUCGCAGCUGC